AUGCCUGCCUAUGAUAAUAGCACUUCAAUACUCUCCGGCGCCGGCCAAACCGUCUGUGUCACCGGCGCCGGCGGGUUUAUAGCUUCUUGGCUUGUCAAACUUCUCUUGGAAAAAGGUUACACUGUUAGAGGAACCCUUAGAAACCCUGAGGAUCCAAAGAAUGGUCACUUGAAAGAGUUGGAAGGAGCAAAAGAGAGAUUAACUUUGCAUAAGGUUGAUCUUCUUGAUCUUAAUUCUAUUCAAUCUGUUGUUCAUGGUUGCCAUGGUGUGUUCCACACAGCUUCUCCGGUCACCGAUAAUCCGGAUGAGAUGUUGGAACCAGCAGUAAAUGGAACAAAGAAUGUGAUAGUAGCUUCCGCGGAAGCGAAAGUGAGACGCGUCGUGUUCACUUCGUCGAUUGGAACGGUUUAUAUGGACCCAAAUACGAGUAGAGAUGUUGUCGUUGAUGAGUCGUAUUGGAGUGAUUUAGAAUAUUGCAAGAACACAAAGAAUUGGUAUUGUUAUGGGAAAACAGUGGCUGAACAAUCUGCAUGGAAUAUAGCAAAAGAGAAUGGAGUUGAUUUGGUCGUAGUGAACCCGGUUUUGGUUCUUGGACCGUUACUACAAGAAACCAUUAAUGCUAGUACAAUUCAUAUUCUCAAGUAUCUUAAUGGUUCAGCAAAAACUUAUGUGAAUGCAACCCAAUGUUAUGUUGAUGUUAAGGAUGUUGCAUUGGCACACAUUCUUGUUUAUGAGACAAAUUCUGCUUCUGGUAGAUACAUUUGUUCCGAAACUUCUUUGCAUCGUGGCGAAGUCGUUGAAAUUUUGGCCAAGUAUUUUCCUGAGUAUCCACUUCCUACCAAAUGUUCAGAUGAAAAGAAUCCAAGAGUGAAACCAUACAUAUAUUCUAAUAAAAAAUUGAAAGAUUUGGGAUUGGAAUUCACUCCUGUGAAGCAAUGUCUAUAUGACACAGUUAGGAGUCUACAAGAGAAAGGACACCUUGCUAUUCCACCAAUGGAAGGAGACUCUGCUUAA